AUGGCGACCUCUCCUGUCGCCGUUGUCUGCAUCGGCAUGGCCGGUUCGGGCAAAACCACAUUCAUGCAGAGAAUCAACAACUAUCUGCACGUUAACAAGAAGAAGCCAUACGUCCUCAAUCUUGACCCUGCCGUCCUCAAUGUCCCUUUCCAGGCGAAUAUCGACAUCCGCGACAGUAUCAACUACAAGGAAGUCAUGAAGCAAUACAAUCUCGGUCCGAACGGCGGCAUCCUGACCUCGUUGAAUCUGUUUGCGACAAAGAUCGACCAGAUCAUUGGACUGCUAGAGAAGCGUGCAAACCCCCCGUCUGACAGCUCGGUGGUGCCUCCCAAGCACUUUUUGGUCGAUACGCCUGGACAGAUUGAGGUGUUUGUCUGGUCUGCUUCGGGCAGUAUCCUUUUAGAAUCACUCGCCUCCUCAUUUCCCACGGUUAUCGCCUACAUUAUCGACACGCCACGGACUACGUCAACGUCGACAUUCAUGUCCAAUAUGCUCUAUGCCUGCUCGAUCCUCUACAAGACAAAACUUCCCAUGAUUUUAGUGUUCAACAAGACGGACGUUCAAGACGCCGAGUUUGCAAGAGAAUGGAUGACCGACUUCGAGAAGUUCCAAGAGGCGCUUCGCGAGGAGGAAAGCAAAGGUGCGUUUGGAGGUGAAGGAUUCGGCGGCAGCGGCUAUAUGGGCAGUCUGCUCAACAGCAUGAGUCUGGUGCUGGAAGAAUUCUAUUCUCAUCUCAGCAUGGUCGCUGUGUCGAGCAUGACUGGCGAGGGUGUGGAUGAUUUCUUCGAGGCCGUCGAAGAGAAACGGAAAGAGUUCGAACGGGAUUACAAACCGGAACUGGAGAAGAGGAGAAAAGAACGGGAGAACGAGGCUGCCAGCAAACGCGAACAGGAUCUGACAAGAGUGAUGAAGGAUAUGAGCAUGGACGGCACACCGAGCGCUUCCGGGAGACCAUCUGCCAAGGAUGACUCCGAAAGCGAUCGUGACGACGAUGAAGAUGUCGAUCCAGACGACUACCCGGACGCAGAGAGGGAUGAUGACGACGAGAAAAGCCUGAAACAAAGAUACCAGAAUGCUUUGCGCGAGCAAGGGAUUGAGGUUGGCGAUGAUGAUCCGGCUUUGAGUGAGAUGCUGGCACAGACUCGCCGGGCAGGAUGA